AUGUGGGGUCGAGCAAGAGCGGCUCUCGUCUUGGUACGCCGCGCGUCUUUGAGAUGCUAUUCGUCUGGGCCGAUCGACUCCAUCGCCUCGUACAGCGAGCUGGCGGACCUGCAUAGGAAAUUGGAGACACGAUUCUCCGGCAUCAAACUCUCUGAUCUCCUCCACGGCCAUCGGUACCAGCCCCAUCUGAAACCCAUCAAAUUCAAUAUCAGCACCCAAAGAAUAGACGUCGGCUCGUUGGUGGAGUUUAGGAUCCGUCGCAGAGCCUACGGGCCUUCCAAUAAAGACGAAUCCCUGCACACCGUCGACAGCUACAGUCUGGGAAUAGUGCUCUCUUCACCAAACCCAAGAUUCCUCACCCCAAACCCUCUGGAGGUCCUCUCAGCCCACGGAACAGUGGUCUACGUUGAUCCCGAGGACGUGACGUUUCGAAUUCACCGCUUCAUACAGCCAAAAGCCGUAAACACCGACCCCAAUGUCUUGCAAUACAUCCUCCUGUCCACGGCACGCUACGCGACAACUAUCGCCUCGAAACUCAGCAACCAUUCGUUGCUGGACACGAUUUACCUGCAGACAACUAAUUACCACCACCAGAAGGGACUCAACCUGCACCAUCUGGCCGCGAUUGCGGUCCGUGAAAUCCCACAGCUGGUGAAAACCAAUAUCCUGGACAUUCCUGCUCUAUUUCUUGCCAGCCACAUGUUGAUGGUCAACGACCCGGUGCGGUUCCGGUUUGUUCCGCCAGAGACGAUCCCCGAAGACUAUCUGGAGCCGCUUUCGGUGGCGACGAUGUCAUACUUUGCGAAUCCGCACCAUCUCGCGCACACGCUGCGCAAAAUAUUAUCUCUGCCCGCAGAAUUAUUGAACGCAAACUACGGACAUCUUUUUUGCGGCAAGUACCCCUUUGAGCUAUUUCAGACUCUGCGUGAGGAAGGUUCGGUGCUGGAGGAUCUUGUGAGCGCCAUCAAGUACGCCAUUGAGUACCCGCAUCCGCUUCUGCUUCGACAUUUGAGAAAAGUUCUGGGCCGAAGCGUGAGCCCAAGAGAGCUCUAUGAAAUGCUGGUACAGUCCGAGGUGUGUCCGCCAGGCUGGAACCCAGUGCUUUCCUCAGGCAUUUACGGUCUUCCCACCAGUGCAGGCAUUGUUUCGGAAGACCAGCUGAAAUUGCCCGCAAAAAUCAAGUCUGACCGUAGGGUGAAAGAUCCAGAGAGAACGAACAGCCAAACCAAAUAUAGACUGGCAGAUCGGCUUCUUUUUUCGUCGCAAGACGACUCGAUCAGCAGCACCACGUUCAGUUUUUACCUCCCUGUGGCGUCACAGGACAUCAACGACCAGAUGUGCGAGUUUCCAAUAGCGUUCUCGCAAAAUAUUAAUUAUGCUCCGUUCUUCUCCAGGUUCAAAAAAUCCAUCCGCAACCAAAAGGCUCUGCGGGUGUCUUUCAGAUACGACAUGUACAAAAUAGAAACCGUCGAGAAGCCCGAGAUCGAAAUCGGCUACGAGUAUAUCGACGGCUACACGGACAUGGCCGCGAACUAUCCAUCUGCUGCUUUCAGCCUGUUCACCAAGAUGGACAUGGAAAUGAAGGACGCAAUCCAGCGGCUUUAUUUUCUGCUCAAGCACAAGGAGAAGUUGCGGCUGGAGAACGGCUAUCUGAAGACCGAAAAACAAGCCCAAGAGACUAGCGAAUGGUACGUGAGAAACUGCAUUUUUUUCUGCGAAGAGCUGCUCAGUGAGUACUGUCUGAAAAAAAAUAUUCCACUCAUUGGCCGCGUGAGUCCCAAGCUGGCCACCGAGUCCGAGGACACUCGCUCGUACUCCGGCUUCUUCAAUCUGUUUAGCCGCGACGCAAACUCCUACCAAUCGUUUGUCGACAUCGGCAGGGCCUACAAUAAGGGAGUCGUUUCCGCGACGGACCUGGUGUGUGCUCUGCGGUACCUGGACGGGUUCCGGGUGCAAGUUUUGAGCCGGCGUAACUCGGCGUAUGCCCCACUGGGUGCUAGAGCGCACGCGUCGUUUUUUUCGCCAGGAUAUUUGGAGUCGUACAUCAACAACGCCCAGUUGAUGAACUAUCUUCAGGGACGGAGACUUUGGAGCAUGGAAAAGCUUCUGUUCCAAUUUCUGGGAAAUUCCGAGUCGCUGUUGCAAAUGCACAGACGACUGCACAGAUUCCGCGUCCUCAGCGAGCUGGAAAACCGGCUGGAGGACGACUUUAGCAUGUUCCGGUGCAUCAUCACAGAGCCACAGGUCUCCAGCAUCGUCAAGGGCUUUUGCCAUGAUCUGGAGGUGAAUGUGAAGAUCCAGGUCGACGCGGACCAGAAACUCAUGGUGGGUGACCGAAUUCUGUGUUCGCAGAUCCUGGAGCUGGACCCUUACAGCGAUAGAAUUAUCAUGAAAUAG